AUGCCCUGCCAGGAAGGUGCUCACAGCAACCUUGUUCCAGCAGCUGCCAUGGCCAUCCUGAAACCCCCUGCAGCUGCUGGCCUGUGUCCCCAUACUAGUGCAGAAGGGCUGCUUGCUACGACGCAAAACACCUCCCUGGAGAUGAAACACCCAUUAGGACGUGAGAAUAUUACAGGGUAUGAUAUAUUUGCAUAUUCCUGGUGGAGGUUUAUGAAUGACUCAGCUGCACCACCACACUGGCUUGUGCAAUUCCCGAUGGUCAAGGCCACCGUGAGAGCCAUGGACACGAUCACAGACUACAUGAUGAAAACAAUGAAGAAAAACAUCACGCGGUUCACACUGACAGGUAUUUCCAUGGAUGGAUGGAUCACUUGGCUGACUGCAGCAGUUGACACUAGAGUUGUUGCAAUUAUUCCCAUUGGCAUGGAUUUUCUCAACCUCACAGAGAGUUUCCCCCAUCAAUACCGAGCCUAUUGUGGCUGGUCUUACAGGCUAAGAGCCUUCUAUGAGAUGAAUAUAACCCAAGAGUUGGACCACCCCCGUUUCAGUCUUCUGGCUUCUCAUUUGGACCCACUGGCAUACAAUGAGCGAUACACAAAUGUAUCCAAGUACAUAAUCAUUGGAUCAGGGGAUGAAGACUCGAUGCCUGACAACUCCCAUUAUUACUUUCCCUACCUAGAAGGAGAGAAGCAUCUCCACAUCAUCCCAAACGCUGAUUACAGAUUUGAGGGUUUAGAAACACUAUCAAAGCCAAUCCUCAUUUUCUAUACGCGGGUCAAAAAUAAUUAUCCACGUCCCUCGGUUUCUUGGCAUAGAACAAUGACAAAUACCACUGGAAUCAUCUAUUUCAAUUCAUCUCCGGAACCCUAUGACAUUUUCUCUUACCAUGCUGACACUGUUGGGGGAACCAGGCGAGACUUCAGAAUGAGGACAGGAGCUGGAAAUUCUUUUCGGAACAACAAUGUUAAAUGGACAAAGACCAAUGUUGAGCAUGUGAAAAGUCGUCAGUAUAAGAAGGAAUUAGACAUUCCAGCAGAGGGAUGGAGGGCCUUCUUCAUUCAGGCCAUCUUCCCAAUGGAUGUCAGUGGUGGGAAGUUGGUGUUUACAUCAGAAAUCCACAUCAUUCCAGACACUUUCCCGUGUCCUAAUUGCGAUGGAUGCCAGGGAACACUGGUCUGAAAACCUUCAAGAAACAACGAUGAAGCAAUUUGUUUUUCCUAAGGGAAUUUGGGUGGUGGUUUUAGAACUUAAGUGGUAUAACAAAGGAAAAGGUACAAGGUAGAAGUGUGCUGAAAAUGAAUCUCUAAUGUUAGAUAGCUUUGCUUUGGUUCUAAAAAAAACUGUGUUCUCAUCAUUAGAAUAUUAAGCUAAGAUUGAGAAGCCCUAGUUUCAAAUCCUCGCUGAGCUGAGUUUCAAAUGCUUGCUGGCCAUCUUGCAGCUUUAGCUUGGGGCUGAUACUCUCUCUCAGUUUAUCAAUCUUAGAGGGUUGUCAUGAAGAUAAAAAUGGGGGGUUGGACCGUACAUACUGUCCUGAGUUCACUGGAGAACAGGUGGGAUAAAAAAAUCACAAAAUAAGAGCAAAGACACUGCAGACAUUUGUCUGGGCAUAGAGAACUAUAAGGCUGAGAGAGUCAGAGUGUUGGAAAACUUCACUACAGAAAAUAAGACAGAUGAAUAAGAACUAAAAUGCUACUGAAAAAGCUCUUCACUGAGGCUGUUUUCUUUGUCUUUUCUGUCUUCCAUUUUUGCUAAGAAACAAACUACAUGAGAUACAAACAUAGCAAAUAGCAUGCAGGCAAUGGAGUUUCACACUUACCACACUGACAUUUUUAUCAUCUCAAUUCUACCUUCCCUGGGGCUGCAAUUGACCCCUCUGGAGCAAACAUCCAGGAUGCAGUCUAGGGUGACAAUGGAAAUACCCCCAAACCUUACUGAAAACAGUUUCUCUCAUAACAUGGCUCUAUUCUGAAAUGGACCAUACACAACCACAAUUGGCGACCCUACCCAUUUGAUCCUCACUUGCCUUGAAUGACACAAUCCACUAAGCAGCAGAGACAAAGUUGCCCAUCCCAAGCUGCAUAAAUGGGCCAAAGUUCAAAUUUCAGCUCCGACUCAGAUGCUUGAGGAAAUCUGUGUAACUUGCCACCUUGGGGACAUAGGAUUUUAAAAUGCAUCUUCUAUCUUGCUAGUAUGUUAUGGAAAAUUGCUAGCCAAAAUUAUAUUUACAUAAUUAUUCUUG